AGGGGAAUGAUGGAAGAAAAGUGAGAGAUUGGGUAUGAUCUGCUAGAGAAGAUGGGAUGGAAUGCAAUGACUUUUGCUUGUGCAAAUAGAAGGGUUUUCUUUGGCUAGAAGGAGGACUACUUCAUGAGAGACAAGGGUGAAGGAGGAGAAAGUGGAAGAAGGCAUCUGAAUGAGCUACUGUAUCCUGGCAGUUGGUGGAAGCAGUCAUCAAGCAAUCCAGAAGAAGAAAGAGGAAGCAAAGCAGAGAACAGAGAACCGGAAAAAAAGGAGUAUCUAGAAGACUUCACUAUCUACAAAGAAUUCCUAUUUGACCUGGAAUUUGGCCUGGAUCUCCUCCAUCACGGUGGCAAAACCUUUUGUUACCUCUAUCUAUUGUUUGAUUAAGAGUACAUCUCCUACUCUUAACUGUGAAAAAGAUUUAUCCAGAAGUGAGACAUUGAAAUCUGAUGUCUUCUUGUAGAUCAGGAAUGGGAAACGUACAAGACAAGGGUGAAUGACGUGACUUGCUUGGAGCCUGGGGCAUGUGGAGGGGAGUAUGCAAAGUUUUAGGCCAAGAUGACUAUCCUGACUUGAUGCCCAAAGACUGAUGAAGGCUAUAACUUUGAAGUCUAAUGUCUGACAUUUUUGAAAUAGUCUUAUUUUGUGGGGGAAAGGGCUUUUAUCAAGGUUAGUAUCUAGUAAUCCUCCUUUAGUUUCUAUUUAAGACUUAUAAAACUAAAUUGGCAAUUUGGGCCCUUUGUACUUAUCUUUCCAACAGGUUUUAUUGAUGAAAAUACCAUCUCUGUAUCAUGCUCUGGUAAGAAAUGUAAGGACCUUUUUGGUUCUUUGAUUUUGCAUGUGAAAAUGAAGUGUGAAAUUUGCAUGUAGUGAUUAACCAUGCAUAAGGAUUACCUUUUUUUUUCCAACUUGAGUGUGAGUAGAUUUAUGAUCUGAAGUUUUCUUUUUUCUUUUCUGGUUUUAAAUAGUUAUAGGAAUAUUCAUCUCCCCAAAAUGUUGCUAAAUAUAAGGGAUUUCUCUUAAAAAGUUAAAGUUCUUUUUAUGAAAAAUUACCCACAUUUGAUUGGGAUAUUGUGAUAUGUUAUACAUUGCUAAUUUGAUACAAAGCUAUUGGCUUUAAUUUUCUUAUGUGUAUUUUAACAUUGCUGGUAAGUCUCAAAGUUUUAGAAUUAUUGGAUAAAGGAAAAUAUUUGGUGAGAACUAUUAGGUAGACAAUAAACAGAAAUGUUUUGCUUUCUUGUUUAUAUUUGCUCCAAAGAGAAAACUAUUUAAGACUACAAAAAUUUCCAUACAACUCCAUUGUGUUAUUCUGAUUUUCCUCACAGAUGUAAAUUCCUUGAGAGUGUGCUAUUUUGGUUUUUGUCUUUGUAGCCCCAGUGCUUGGCAUGUACUUAAUAAAUGCUUAUUGAUUGAUUACAUUGUGAUUUAUAUCCCUUUCUAAUCCCAUUGUGGUGCAGUGGCAAGAGUGCUGGGUUUAGUUAGAGGACCUGGGUUUGAUUCCUGGUUCUCCCAAUUCCUACCGGUAAGGCCUUAGGUAAGUUAUUUGAACUUUUCUGUGUCUUAAUUUCCUCAUUUAUAAAAUGUUGAGAUUGGACCUGAUGUCCUCUUUAAAUUCAACUUUGCAUUUUUUCUGCUAUGAAGGUUGUGAUACUUGGUAGUUAAAUUUCUUGAAAGCAAGGACCAUGUCUUAUUUAUCUUUCUAUCCCCAAGACCUAUGGCAGAUUGUAUUGCACAUGGGAAUUUAAAAAAUUUUAGAUUUGAGGCUAGGAAAAUGUAAAAUUGUAAAGAUGAGAACCUUAAAUGAAUUUUUUUUUUCUCUCAAGGAGUUAAAAGUAUUCAGCAGCAACUUUCAUUUCAUUGAAUACCUUUCAUUUUUCUUUUGAAAAAGAAAAAAUAUAAAGCAGAGUUGGCAAAAAGCUUCCAUCUGUCCUUAAGAUUAUAUAUUGGGACUUUUAUUCCUAGCACCAGGGUGUUUUAAAAUGUUUUUUUAAUGUUUCUGGAAAUUAGAUCUCUCCAGGAUGGAAUAGCUUGCCUCAAGAGAUAACCAAGUAGGUUUCCAGAACCUCAGUUCAAACUUUCCAGGGAGGAAGAAUAAUUCUCUUGUUGGAAAUGUUGUAGAACAGGCUCUUGCUCAGUUAUGUUUGGACUAGAAGGCUUCUGAGUUCUCUUGCAAGCUUGAUGUUGAAUGAUUGUUAAUUUUUUUUUUGUAAGAAAACAUCAACAUUAAAAAUAAUUAGAACCAGGCUCUAUUUUUGCAACUAAAAUCAUAGGUGGCUUUCACCUUUUGGGCUGAAAAGCAGUGCCAGUUUUUCACUGAUACAUGAGUUAAGUGUAGUGUUGUCAACUCCAGACAGCUAGACUUCUGCAUGAUGGAUAAUUAGGGAUUUUUUUAUGCUGAAUAGUUCCCUGAUCUUUAAGAAGUGGUGUGGAAGAAUUAUUCCACUGAGUCAGGAGAGGACCAGUGCAAAAGAAUCUCCCUAUAAUUCCAUUUGAUGCGCCUUGCUUAAAAAAAUUACUCCCAGGGGCAGCUGGGUAGCUCAGUGGAUUGAGAACCAGGCCUAGAGAUGGGAGGUCCUAGGUCUAAAUCUGGCCUCAGACACUUCCCAGCUGUGUGUCCCUGGGCAAUUGUGGGAUUGCCUCUCUAACCAGAUCCUCUAGUUAAGAGCUAUAGUAUAAAACUUGUUUUGUAUGUUUGGGAACUAGUUUCCUUCCCUAGAGUUUUGGGUUUUCAUAAUGAAUUUGAUGCUCCAAGCAUUCUUACCCAGCAUUCUUCUGCUGAAGUUAUGCUAUGAAACUUGGAGAAAAGUUGUUGAAGUGCUUUUUGUUGAAAAAUAAUCCUCCUAAAUCUUGUCUAGGUCGAAAUAAUACCUGGUGGUUAGACCUGUCUUUGUUACUAGAGAUAGCACUGGAUUGACUUGAAAUAAAAGUACUCCCAGUUGUGUCAGUGGUAAACUCAAGAACAGACUACUUCAAAGUAUUCUAAUUAAGGUUUUUUCAUUGUUUCUUUUUAAUUCACAGAUGUCUUACAGGAUUAAAAGUACGAAGGUGGCUUCUGCUUCUUCUACACAAGUUUGAGGGUUCAGAGCCACGAGGCAGCUGACUUUAGGAGAUCCAUCAUGCAGAACCGACAAGGAUAUUGCAACUGUUGCCAUGUGCACUAUAUUAACCUUGAGCAGCAUAUAAUCAGCCCCCAACACAGAUACUUUGCUACAUAUUGUAGAUAUCGGAUGGGUACCAAUAGCCUUUUGGAUCGUUUCCUUCAUGAUGUCAUGCAGUAUCACCCACAUCAGUAUUAUGAUAACAGACCAACAUAUGAUGACAUACCACUUCUCAGCCGUCUGUCACCUCCCAAGGAGGCUCAGUUGGAUGUUGAUCGGAUUCCAGAAAAGGGGGUUGAGAAAGAAACUAUUGGUGACAGAGAAGAUUCACCUACAAAGAACUUGAAAUCCAUUGCAGAUUCAUGUUCUUUUUCUUAUAAAUCUCAGAAGGAUAUGGAGGAGGUUUCUCUUCGACAGUCAGUUAUCCAAGCAGCAGUGAAUGAACAGCAAUUAUCUACAGAAGACCCUCAGGAGGAGACUAUGUGCAUUGAUAACAACAUGAAAAAGCACAUUCCUGAGGAAAAUUUUCAAACUACACAUAGUAGCCAUAAAAUCCAAUUUACACCAGUGUUCCCCAGUUCUGUUAACUCUUUACCUCAAGAUCCUGCUGUUAGUCCAGUUGUGACCGAAAAUGCCAGUUCAUCAUCCCCAGAAACUCAUUCGAUUUCUGUUAUCAAAUGUACCCCAAACAGGAAGGAUACGUGCAAUAAGGAUGUACACUUGGACAAAUGUCCUAACUCUUUUGAGUCAUCACUCCAGUUAGGAACCUCUUCAGUUUUACGUCAGAGCCCUAAAGUUGGACAAGGGAACUCUUUGGAUUUGACCUCAGGUAAAUCAUUUUUGCAACGAGAUGGUUUACGAUCUCAGGGUAAAACUUGGGAGGCUGACUUCCGACUCAGGAAACCCAUGGGUACUGGUGGCUCACUAAAAUUUGAGUCAGUCCCCAGAGUAGGAGAAAAUGUAGGGGAAAAGUUGAGCAGUGUGGGUAUGGGUAUUGAUGGCUCACAAAACUUUAAGUCAAUCAUCAGAUUUGGGAAAAGCUCAGACACAAAGUUGAGCAGUAUUGGUGUUGAAAUUGGUGGUUCAUUAAGAAUUGAUUCAACCCCCAAAGUAGGAGACAAUUCAAAAACAAAGUUUAGUAGUAUUGGUAUGGGAACUGGUAGUUCAUUAAACCUUGAUUCAACUCCUAUUUUAGAAGAAAAAUCCCCCCCAAAGGUGAGCAAUAUUGGUAUGGGAACUGGUGACUUACUAAAUAUUGGUUCAACCCCUAAAUUAGGAGAAAACUCGCAAACAAAAUUGAGAAAUAUUAGUAUGGGUAUUAAUGGCUCACAGAACUUUGAUUUAACCCUCAAGCCAGGAGAAAACUCAGAAACAAAGUUUACUAGUAUAGGUAUAGACUUCCAGAACUCUAAGUCAAUCAUCCGAUUUGGAAAAAGUUCAGAAUCAAAGUUGACUGUUCCUGGUAAGGGAACUACUAGCUCACUAAACUUUGAGGCAACCCCCCAAAUAGGAGAAAACCCCCAAAUUAAGUUAAGCAGUAUUGAUUUUAAUAGUGGUAGCUCACUAAACCUUCACUCAACACCUAAAUUGGGAGAAAUCUCAAAAACAAAGUUGAGUAGUAUUGGUAUGAGUACCAGUAGCUCACAAAACAUUGAGUCAACCUCCAAAGUAGGAAAAAAUCCAAAGACAAAAUUGAGUGGUAUGGGUAUAGGUAUUGGUGACUCACAAAAGUUUAGAUCAAUCAUCAGAUUUGGGAAAAGCUCAGAAACAAAAUUGAGCAGUAUUGAUAUGGAAAGUGAUGGCUCACUAAAUUUUGAUUUAAUCCCUAAAUUAGGAGAAAACUCAAAAACAAAGUUAAGCAGUAUUGAAAAACAUAAGAGGGACUCAUUAAACUUUGAACCAGCCUCAAAAUUGGGAGAAAAUAUAGAAACAAAGUUGAGGGGUACAGGCAUAGCUACUGGUGACUCACGAAACAAAUCAAUCAUCAGAUUUGGACAGAGUUCAGAAAAAAAAUCGGCCCAUAAGGGUAUGGAAACUAGUGGCCCAGGAAACUUUAAGUCAAACUCUCAACUAGGAGAAAGCCCAGAAAUAAAGUUAGGCAGUUUUGGUAAGGGAAUUGGUAGCUCACUUAACUUUGAGUCAUCCUUCAACCUAAGAGAAAAUUUAGAAAUGAAAUUCAGCAGUAUGGGUCCUGGUGGCUCAAAAGACGUUAAAGUAACUCCCAAAGUCGGAGAAAUCUCAAAAGAAAAGAUGAACAUUAUUGACAUGAGAACUGGUAACCCACUAAACUCUGAGGUAGCCCUAAAACUAGGAGGAAAUUCAGAAAGAAAAUUGAGCAGUAUGAGUACUGGUAGCUCACAAAAUUUUAAGUCAAUAAUCAGAUUUGGACAAAACUUAGAAACAAAAUUGAGUAGUGUGGGUAUGGAUACUAGUGAUUCAGGAAACUUUAAAAGAUCAAUCAUCAGGUAUGGAGAAAGCCCAGAAACAAAGUUGAGAAGCAUCUAUCUAGGAACUGGUAGCUCAAAAAACUUGAAGUCAGCUUCCAAAUUAAGGGAAUACUCAAAACCAAAAUUGAGCAGAACUGGUAUACCUGCUGGUGGCUCAAGAAACAUUGAUUCAAUCCCUAAAGUUGAAGAAAGCUCAGAAGCAAAGUUGAGAAGUACAGGUAUGGUUGGCUCACACAAUUUUCAAUCAAUCAUCCAAUAUGGAAUAAGUUUAGAAAGAGAGUCAAGUAGUAUGGGUAUGGGUAGUGGUGGUUCACCAAACAUUUUGUCAACUCCAAAAUUAAGCGAAAACUCAGAAACAGAAUUGACCAGUAUAAUUUUGGAUAUUGGUACCUCACAGAACGUUGAAUCAACUCCAACAUUAGAAGAAAUCUCAGAAACAAAGUUGAAAAGUACAGAUAUAGGUGUUGGUGUUUCUCCAGACACUGAGGCAACUACCAAAUUAAGGGAAAGCUCAGAAACAAAAUUGACCAGUAUUAUUUUGGAUGCUGGUACCUCACAGAACUUUGAGUCAAUUCCCACAUUAGGAGAAAUCUCAGAAACAAAGUUAAAUAGUGUAGAUAUGGGUAUUGGUGCUUCUCUAGACAUUGAGGCAACUUCCAAAUUAAGGGAGAGCUCAGAAACAAAAUUGACCAGUAUUAUUUUGGAUGCUGGUACCUCACAGAGCUUUGAAUCGACUCCCACAUUUGGAGAAAUCUCAGAAACAAAGUUGAACAGUGUAGAUAUGGGUAUUGGUGUUUCUCCAGACAUUGAGGCAUCUCUCAAAUUAAGGGAGAGCUCAGAAACAAAAUUGGCCAGUAUUGAUUUGGGUACUGGUAGUUCACAAACCUUUCAGUCAAUCAUUAGAUUUGGAGAAAGCCCCAAAACAACGGUAAGCAAUAGUGGUAUGGGUACUAGUGGCUCCCUAAACUUUGAGUCAACACUCAAACUAGGAGAAAAAUCAAAAAUAAAGUUGAGCAGUCUUUCUAUGAGUAGUAGUUACUCAGGAAACUUUGAGUCAGGUUCCAUGUUAAGAGAAAAUUCUGAAGCAAAAUUGAGCAGUAUUUAUAAGGAUUCUGAUGGCUCGCUAAACUCUGAAUCAACCCUCAAACUGGGAGAACAUUCAGGAACAAGUUUUAGCAAUGUGGGCUUGGAACCUAGUGGCUUAUUAAAUUUUAAAUCUGUCAUCAGACUAGGAGAAGGCUCAGAAAGUAAAUUGACCUGUAUGAAUAUGGGAACUGAUAGUUCAUCAAAAUUUGAGUCAACUCCUAAAUUAGGAACAAAGUCAGAAGGAAAGUUGGGUAGUACUAGUAUGAGAAUCGUUGGCCCACAAAAAUUUGAGUCAGUCAUCAGAUUAGGAGACAGUUCUGAAGCAAAGUUGAGCAGUAUUCCUAAGCAUACUGGUGGCUCUCCAACAUUUGGAUCAGUCAUCAGAUUAAGACAAAACUCAGAAACAAAGUUGAGCAGUAGUGAUAUCAGUUCUGGUGGCUCACUAAAGGCAAAGUCAGUCAUCAAAUUAGGACAAAGCGCAGAAACACAGUUGAGUAAAAUACCUGUGGACACUGGUAACUACUUAAAUUUCGAGGCAACCCCCAGAUUGAUAGAAAAUUCAGAAAAAAAGAUGAGCACUUUGAGUAUGGAUACUGGCCAUACCAGAAAGCCCAAAUCAGUCAUCAGAUUAGGAGAAAACAUAGAAACAAAGUCGGACCCUACAAGUAUGGGUAUUGGUGGCUCAGCAAACUUUGAGUCAACUUCCAAACUAGGAGAAAAUUCAAAAACAAAGUUGGUCAGUAUGGAUAUGGAUAUUAUUGGCCCACUAAACUUUGAGCCAGCUUCCAACCAGGAAACAAAAUCAGAAACAGGGUUGAAAAGUAUUGGUAUGGGCAGUGGUAGCUCAAUGAAAUGUGAAUCUACUCUCAAAACAGGAGCAAACUUAGAGACAAAGGUGAAUUGUAUGCGUAUGGGGGCUGGUGAAUCACUACAUUUGGAGUCAACGCCUAAACCAGGGGCAAGUUCAGAAACAAAAUUAACCACUAUGGUUAUGGGGACUGGUAGCUCACUUAACUUGGAGGCUUCACGGAAAUUAGGGGAAAACUUAGAAACCAUGUUGAACCCUAUGGGUAUGGGUACUGGUAGCUCAUUAAACUUUCAGUUAACUCCAAAAGUAAUUCCAGAAACAAAAUUUGUCAGUAUGGGAAUGGGGACUGGUAGUUCAUUAAAUUUUCGGUCAGUUCCCAAAUUUGGAAAAAUGAGAGGCAUGGAUAUGAGUACUGAUAGCUCACUAAAAUUUGAGUCGACACCGAAACUUGGAGCAAAGUCAGAGACAAAAUUGUGCCGUAUCAGUAUGAGGACUGGUCGCUCAGUAAAAUUUCAAUCAAUUCCCCAAAAAGGGAAAAACUCAAAAACAGAGUUGAUCAGUAUGGAUAUGGGGACAAGUGGUUCAAUAAACUUAGAGUCAACAUCCAGACUAGGAGAAAAUCUAGAAACAAUGUUGAGCCGUAUGUGUAUGGGAACUGGUGGCUCUCUCCACAUUGAGUCAACUCCCAAAUUAGGAACAAACUCAGAAGCAAAGUUUGCUGGUUUUGGCAUGGGAACUGGUGGCUCAAUAAAGUUUGAGUCAACCCCCAAAAUAAAAGCAAAAUCAAAGACAAAAUUGAAUCAUAUGGGGAUUGGUCACUCACUAAAGUUUGAGUCAACCCCCAAACUUGAAGAAAACUCAGAGAUAAAGUUGAUUAGUAUGGAUAUGGGGACUUUUCAUUCAGUAAACUUUGAAUCAACUCCAAAAUUAGGAGGAAACUCAGAAACAAAAUUGAUCAGUGUGGGUGUGCAAACUUUUGGUUCUUUGAACUUUGAGUCAGCUCCCAAGGUAGGAGGAAACUUAGAAACAACAUUUAGCCGUAUGAAUAUGGGAGCACAUGGCUUGGUAAACUUUGGGUCAACUUCCAAAUUUGGAGCAAACUCAGAAACAAGAUUAUUCAGUAUGGGUAUGGGGACUGCUUUUUCAGGAAACUCUAAAUCAACUCCAAAAUUAGGGGAAAACUCAAAACCAGAGUUGAACUAUAUGGGCAUGUGGACUGGUAGCUCACUUAACUACUUAACUACAUCUACCCCCAAACUCGGAGCAAACUCAGAAACAAAGUUUACCAGCUUUGGUAUGGGAAAUCCCAAAUUAGGAACAAAUUCCCAAACAAAGUUUACUAGUUUUGGUUUUAGGGCUGGUAGCUCACUGAAUCUUGAGUUGGCUCCCAAAGUAAAAGACAACUCAGGAAAAAAGUUUCCCAGUGUUGGUAUAGGGACCAGUAGUUCAUUAAAAUUUGAGUUGACCCCCAAAUUAAAAGCAAAGCCAAGGUUAAAAAUGAGCCGUUCAGGUAUAGGAAUUUGUUGUUCACCUAAGUUUAUUUUCACUCCCAAACUUGGAGAAAACUCAAAAACAACAAUGACCAGCUUUAGCAUGGUGACUGGUAGUUCAGUAAACUUUGGGUCAACCAAACUGGGAGAAAACUUUGAAACAAAGUUGACCAGUUUUGGUAUGGGGACUGGUGGCUCAUUCAACUUUGAGUCAACUCCCCAAACAGGGGAAAACUUAGAAACAAAGUUGAUCAGUGUGAAUUUGAGGCCUGGUGACCCAGUAAACUUUGGGUCAACUCCCAGACUAAGAGAAAAUUCAGGAACAAAGUUAAUCAAUGUGGGUAUAGGAACUAGUGGCUCCCCAAACUUUAAGUCAGCUCCUGAAGUAGGGGAAAGCUCAGAAACAAAGUUAAUUAGUAUGGAUUCAAGGAGUGGCUCAGUAAUCUUUGAGUCAAGUCCAGAAUUAGGAACAAACCCAGAGGCAAAGCUGGUCAAUACAGGUUUGGGCACAAAUGACUCAGUAAACAAGUCAUCUUCUCCCAAACUAGGAGAAAACUCAGAAACAAAGUUGACCAGCAUUGGCAUAAUGACUGAUAGUUUAGUAAAUUUUGAGUCAACUAAGCUGGGAGAAAACUUGGAAACAAAGUUGACCAGCUUUGGUAUGGGAACUAGUGGCUCACUCAACUUUGAGUCAACUCCCAAAGUAGGAAAAAAUUUAGAAACCAGUGUGAGUUGUAUUGUUAUGGGAACCCAUUGCUCCUCAAACUUUGAGUCAACUCCUAUACUUAAAACAAACUCAAAACCAGUGUUAACUAAUGUGGGUUUGGGGACCAAUAAUAGUUCAUUAGAUUUUGUAUCCACUCCCCAAAAAGAAGAAAACUUAGAAAGAAAGUUUGUCAUUACUGGUGUAGGGACUAGUGACCCACUAAAUAUUGAAUCAACUCCCAACCAAGAAGAAAAUUCAGAAACAAGAUUUAUUGAUAUGGAUAUAGGAACUAGUGACUCAGUUGAGACAACUCCUAAAGUAGGAGAAAAUUCAGAAUCAAACUUGAUAAGUUUGGGGACUAGUAGCUCAGUAAAUUUUGAGUCAAGUCCUAAACUGGGAGAAAACUCACAAAAAAGAUUUGUUAUUAUGGCUGUGGGGACUAGUAGCUCACUAAAUGUUGAUUCAACUCCCAGAUUAGAGGAAAAUUCAGAAACAAGGUUAAUCAAUUUAAAUAUAGAAACUAGUGACUCACCAAAUUUUGAGACAGCUCCCAAAGUAGGAGAAAGAUCAGAAACAAAAUUGAUUAGUAUGAGUUUGGGGGCUGAUAGCUCAGUAAACUUUGAGUCACCUCCCAAAGUAGGAAACCACUUAGAAAGCACGUUGAGCUGUAAUGUUACAGGAACUAGGAGAUCACCAAAUCUUGAGCCAACUCACAUACCUAAAACAGAUUCAGAAACAUUGUUUACUGAUAUUGGAUUAGAAACUGGUAACUCACUUAAUUUUGAGUCAACCCAUAGACUGGUAGAAAACUCACAAAGAAGAUUGGUCAUUAUGUGUGUGGGAACUAGUAGCCCACUAAAUGCUGAUUCUACUCCCAGAUUAGGAGAAAAUUCAGAAACAUGUUUAAUCAAUAUGGGUUUAGGAAAUGGUAGCUCACCAAACUCCCCCAAAGUAGGGGGAAGCUCAGAAACAAUCAGUAUGGAUUUGGGGAAUAGUGAUUCAGUUAACUUUGAGUCAAAUCCCAUAUUAAGAGAAAACUCAGAAACAUUUUUAACCAAUAUUGGAAUGAGAACUGAUAGUUCCUUAAAUUUUGAGUCAAUUUUCAAAAAAGGAGUAAAUUCAGAAACAGCAUUACACAGUAUGGAUUUGGAGACUGGUGGUUCACUAAAUUUUGAGUCUACUCCCAAACUGAAAGAAAACUCAAAUAGAAGGUUAGUAAUUAUGAGUGUGGGGACUAGUGAUCCACUAAACUUUGAUUCAACUCCUAAACUAAGAGAAAAUCCAGAAACAAAAUCUAUUGAUAUAGAUAUGGGAACUGAUGACUCACAAAACUUUGAGUCCUCUCCCAAAUUAAGAGAAAACUUGGAAACAAAGUUGAUCAGUAUGGAUUUGCUGUCUGAUAGCUCAGUAAAUUUGGAGUCAAUUCCUAAAGUAGGAAAAAACUUCGAAACUAUGUUGAGCUGUAUUGUUAUGGGGAAUACUAGUAGUUCACCAAACAUUGAACUAAGUCCCAUACAUAGAGUAAACUCAGAAGCAUUAUUGGCUGAUGGAACAGGGACUUGUAAUUCACUAGAUUUUGAAUUAAUUCCCAGAGAAGAAGUAAAGUCAGAAUCAAGGUUAAUCAGUAUGGGUAUGGUAACCGAUGGCUCUCUAAACUUUAAGUCCACUCCCAAACUAGAAGAAAACUCAGAAAGAAGGUUGGUCAUUAUGGGUAAAGAUAUAGAUGACCUACCAAACUUUCAGUUAGCACCCAAACUAGGAAAAAAUUCAGAAACAAGGUUAAUCAACGUAGAAAUGAAAACUGAUGGCUCACUGAAUGUUGAGCCAGCUUCCAGAGUAGGAGGAAACUCAGAAAUAAAGUCAAUUGGCAUAGGUUUCCAAACUGGGCGCUCAGUAAUUUUUGAGUCAAAUCUCAAAUCAGAAGAAGUCUCAGGAACGAAGUUGGUCAAUGUGAGUUUAAGGAAUGGUAGCCCAGUUGGAAAAGACUUACAAACUAUGUUGAAUUCAUCAAAACCUCAGCCAACUCCUAUACCUGUAGCAGAUUCAGAAACUUUGUUGACUGAUAUUGGAGUGGGUACUGAUAGCUCACAAAAUUUUGAGUUAGUUCUCAAACAAGAAGAAAAUUCAAAAAUGGGGUUAAUCAGUGUGGGAAUGGAAACUGAUGGCUCACCAAAUUUUGAGUCACCUCAAAAAGGACAGGUAACAGAGUUGAUCAAAAUGGAUCUGGGGACUGGUAGCUCAGUAAUCUUUGAAUCAAAUCCUAAAUUAAAAGAAGACUUAGAAACAAAGUUAGUCACUCAUGGCUCAAUAAACUUUGAAUCAGUACCCAAAGUAGAAAAAGGCUUAGAAACUAUGUUGAACUCAACAAAACUUGAGCCAAGGCCCAUACUGCCAACAGACUCAGAAACACUAUUGACUGAUAUUGGAGUGGGUGCUAAUAGGUCACUAAAUUUUGAGUCAGUUCUCAAACAGAAAGAAAAUUCAGAAGUAGGUUUAAUCAUUAUGGGUCCAGAAACCAAUGGCUCACCAAACUUUCAGGCACCUCCAAAAGUGGGGGAAAUAGAGUUGAUUAAUAAGAAUCUAGAGACUGCUAGAUCAGUAAACUUUGAGUCUAUGUCCAAAGUAGGAAAAAAUCUAAAAACUAUGUUGAGCUCACAACUUGAGCCAAGUUCCAUACCUAUACUCAGUAAUUCAGCAGACUCACUAACAUUGUUGACUGAUAUUGGAGCAGGUACUGAUAGCACACUAAAUUUUGAGUCAGUUCUUAAACAAGGAGAAAAUGUAGAAACAGGGUUAAUCAGUGUGGGUAUGGAAACUGAUAGCUCACCAAACUUUGAGUCACCUCCAAAAGUGGGGGAAGCAGAGUUGAUCAGUAUGAGUUUGGGGACUGUUAGUUCAGUAAUCUUUGAGUCAAAUCCCAGAUUAGAAGACUCGGGAACAAAGUUGGUUAAUGUGAGUUUAAGAAUAGAUAGCUCUGUAAACAUUGAGUCAAUACCUAAAGUAAUGAAAGAUUUGGAAACUAUUUUGAAUUUAUCAAAACCUGCACCAAAUCCCACACCUGUAGCAGACUCAGUAACAUUGUUGACUGGUAUUAGAGCAACUACUGAUAGCUCACUAAAUUUUGAGUUAGUUAACAAACAAGAAGGAAAUUCAGAAAUGGGAUUAAUCAAUAUGGUUGUGGAAACUGAUGGCUCACCAAACUUUGAGUCGCCUGCAAAAGUAGAGGAAGCAGAAUUGAUCACCAUGAGAACCAGUAGUACAGUAAACUCUGAGUCAAUGUCCCAAAUAGGAAAAAGCCUAGAAACUACAUCAAACCCAUCAAAACUUGAGCCAAGUCUCAUACCAAUAACAGACUCAGAAACAUUGUUAAUUGAUUUUGGAGUGGAUACUGAUAGCUCACUAAAUUUUGAGUUAGUUCUCAAACAACAAGAAAAUUCAGAAAUGGGAUUAAUCAAUGUUGGUAUGGGAACUAAUGGCUCACCAAAUUUUGAGUCACUUCCAAAAGGAGAGAAAACAGAGUUGAUUAGUAUGAGUUUGGGGACUCGUAGCUCAGUAAUCUUUGAGUCAAAACCCAAAUUAGAAGACAAAGAAACAGAGUUGGUCAAUGUGAAUUUGAGGACAGAUAGCUCAGUGAGCUUUGAGUCAAUUCCCAAAGUAGUAAAAAGCCUAAAAGCUAUGUUAAACUCACCAAAACUUGAACCAAGUUCCAUACUUGUAGCAAACUCAGAAACACUAUUGACUGAUAUUGGAGUGGGUAGUGAUAGCUCACUAAAUUUUGAGUCAGUUCGCAAACAAGAAAAUUCAGAAACAGGAUUGAUCAAUGUGUGUAUGGAAACUAAUGGCUCACCAAAUUUUGAGUCACCUCCAAAAGUGAGGGAAACAGAGUCGAUCAAUAUGAAUUUGGGGACUCGUAGCACAGUAAUCUUUGAGUUAAAUCCCAAAUUAGAAGACAACUCAGGAACAAAGUUGGUCAAUGUAGGUUUGAGGACUGGUAACUCAGUAAGCUUUGAGUCAAUGCCCAGGGUAGGAAAAGACUUAGAAACUAUGUUGAACUCACCAAAAUUUGAGCCAAAUCCCAUACUGAUAGCAGCUUCAGAAACAUUGUUGACUGAUAUUGGAGUGGGUACUGAUAGCUCACUAAACUUUGAGUCAGGUCCCAAACAAGAAAAUUCAGAAUCAAGGUUAAUCAAUAUUAUGGGGAUUUAUGACUCACUAAACUUUGAGCCUACUCCCAAUCUAGAAGAAAACUCAGAAAAAAGAUUGAUCAGCGUAUCAAUGGGAAUUAAUGACUUGGUAAACUUUCAGUCAGCUUCCAAUGUAGGAGAAAAUUCAGAAACAGAGUUUAUCAAUAAGAAUAUAGGAACUGGUGGUUUGCUCAACUUUGAGUCACCUCCCAAAUUUGGAGAAAACUUAGAGAAUAUGGCAAACUGUAUUGUGAUGGGGACUAGUGAUUCAGUAAAACUUGAGUCACCUCCUAAACUUGGAGCCAACUCAGAAACAAAUUUGACUAAUAUAGGUAUAGAGAUUGGUGGCUCACUAAACUUUGAGCCAACUCCUAAACUAGGAGAAAACUCAGAAACAAAGUUGACCAAUAUGGAUAUAGAGACUGAGGGCUCACUGAACUUUAAUUCAUCUGGCAUUUUAGACGAAAAUUCAGAAGCAGUGUUGGCCAUUAUGGAUAUGGGCAAUGAUAAUUUACUAAACUUUGAGUCAACUCCAAAAGUAGGAGAAAAUUCAGAAACAAUAUUGGUUAGUAUUGGUGAUAUAGGGACUGAUGACUUACUAAACUUUGAAUCAAUUGCCAAAUUAGGAGAAAACUCAGAAACAUUGUUGUCCGUUAUGGAUAUAGGGAAUGAUGGCUCAUUUAACUUUGAGUCAACUGCCAGACUAGGAGAAAAUCUAGAAGCAAAUUUGACCAGUAUGGAUAUGGGGACUGAUGACUCACUAAACUUGGAGUCAACCACCAAAUUAGGAAAAAAUUCAGAAAUAGCACUGAUCUGUAUGGAUUUGGGUACUGAUGACCUAUUAACUGAAUCUACUUGCAAACUAGGAGAAAACUCAGAAACAAUGGUGAGCAGUAUGGGUAUGGGUUCUUAUGACUCAUUAAAUUUUGAGUCAAUUCCCAAACUAAGAGAAAACUCAAAAACAUUGGUGAGCAGUGUGGGUAUGGGUACUAUUGGCUCACUAAAUUUUGAUUCAACUCCCAAAGUAGGAGAAAACUUAGAAACAAAAUUGAGCAUUAUGUGUAUGGGUACUGGUGGCUCACUAAACUUUGAGUCCACCCCCACAUUAGGAGAAAACUCAGAAACAAAGUUGAGCAGUAUUGGUACAGUUCCUGUUAACGAAGUCGUUGAAGACGUCAUUCUGCCCAAUAUACAGUCCAGCCAAGAGGAGGAGAGUUCCUUUUUUAAUAUAUCUGCCAUUUUGGAUCAUGACAGAACAACAGAUUCUGAAAUGAGUUUUGAUUGUGAUGCCCCAAUUGAAUCAAUAACUGACCAGCAUACAUUAGCUAUGAAAGAAAUAGACCUUCUGACAGAGGUGCAUGUGGACCUGGAAGAUGCAAACUAUCAAUCUCGUUUGAGCUCUGUUCUUAAAGUUGGUUCCUUAGAGGAUACCCAACAAGUAAACCUGAAUACAGUGGAAUGCUAUGAUGAGCCGGUGCUUCCUGCUCUUCCUCAUGUGCCUCCUUCCUUUGUGGGAAAAACAUGGACUCAAAUAAUGUAUGAAGAUGAUUUAAAAAUUGAAGCUCUGGUGCGUGAAUUCCGGACAGGCCGGAAUUUCCGUUGUUAUUUUAAUGAUGAACCUGAGACUAAGAAAACAAGCAAAAAUAAUCAGAAAGGUCAGACAUCAGCUAAAGCACUGCCAGAAUUUGAUGAUACUGCAAGUGUUUGUAGUUUUGGCAACUUUUCUGAGGCCUCAGAUACGCUAUGCAAAGCUCCACCAGCCAAGAGGCCUAAGAAGCGAAUGUGGCGUAUGGCUUCUCGAUGCCAAGUUGUUAAAGUCAGCCAUGGGACUCAAACCAAUGUGGUAGACUAUUCAAUAUUUGGGAGACACGCAUUUAGUGAGCAAGAGCUAUUGGACAAUGAGACAGGUAUUUGGUUGGAGAAUGAUAAAACACCAAACACGAGUACCAGACUUUGUACACUUAAACUCCCUGAAUCCUAUACCAAAAUUUUGAGUCCCGUGCAACCUGAAACAGUAGUUUAUGUUCUUUCUUGCCCAGAGACUAAUCAGAGUAAAGGAAAUCUUGAAGAUCUUAAAAUGAGAAGAAACCAUAAUUCCAUAGAUAAUAAAGAUUCUAUAAAAUAUAAAUACAAACGGUGUUCUUUUAAGUAUUAUGAUCCAAUGACUAAUAAAGUCCUGAAAACAAUUCCUACUGACUUAGGGGAAAAGGACAAAAAACCUGCCCAUGUGAGACAGCUGUUUAAAAGUCUCAACCUAAAUGUCAAAUUGAACAAAGGUACUGCUUCUCACACAGAAUGUUUACCAGCUAGCCAGCCUUCUGACUUGUCAGACCUUGAUACCUCUACAUCAGACCCUGCUAAUGGAGAUGAUUUAACAUCAAGUCAAAAAUUGGAUGGACCUUCCCUUUCCUCAGCUAAAGGAGAUGAUUUAACAUCAAAUCAAAAACUGGAUGGACCUUACCUUUCCUCAGAGGAUUGUGAAGUUUUGAUUGACAGUUCUAUAGAUAAAUUUUAUCAGCAGUCAGCAGUCUCACCCUUAGCCACCAUGCAAGUUCAAAUAGAAAAUUAUUCCAGAUCAGCCUCAUAUAAACAGAGGGUUACCAGGACACCUGUAAAAUCAAUCAGAAGUAAACUACAAAUGAAGAAUCCAAAGAAAAUCUGGAAAAGGAAGGAGGCAAAUAGUAAGGACCCAGGUUUUUCCAAAAAGGCUUCUGGACUGAUGGUUCUCCAUCAUGGAAUUGCUAGAGUAAGAAUUAAGAACACUUCAGGCAAAGAAAUACCCUGGGUUAGGAGCAGAAAGAGUGAGAUAAUAAGAAAGUAUAUAUCACCUUUGCUCUCCAAAUAUUCUGCUAUUUUGGGUUGUGGACAUCUAGCUAGAAAAACUAUUGUGGGAAAAUACCUGAGGACGCAAAAACUUGAUUUUAAAAUGUUAAAGAAGAGGAAAAGACCCAAGAAAAUGUUUUUGAACUCUACAGUCACAUCAGGUGCUACUGAAAUACCAGAGAGACCUUCAGCAGAGUCUAUUCUGGAACAGUCAGAGUGGACUUCUUCCAAAGUUACAAGGUGGGAGGUGAGUGAUAAUCAAAGACUACUUAGCACAGAAAAACAGCCUUCUAGAACUGCUACACUACCUGCUUUAUCUUGUCCUACUACCUUAUUUAACACAGAAACUCUUUCCUUGCCAACAACCAGUGGCAAGUUGAAUGAGAAAAUGAACUAAAGAUUUUUGUGCUGUCCAGCUGAGGAUUCAAAAACCUUGGCUAAAUAUAUAUUUUAAAUUAAUAAGCUAAUAACUCAGUUCACAUGGCUGGGAUAUGGGCACAGUACACAUUGCACUGUUUUGCUAUAAAUGUUUUUUCAGAAGUUUUGUAUUUGUUUGAAUUUAGCAAUUAGGGCCUUAUUUUUAGACUUAAAUGCACUUGUUGUCCACCCUUUUCUGCAGAAAAACUGUGAUCUUGUAUAAUAUAAUUUAGUAUAAAAUAUUAAAAUUGGCCCCCAAUUUGAUGCUCUCCCUCUCAGUCUUUGUGAUUGUACCUCUCGUAUCCUCAGAUUAUAAUAAAUUGUCAAAAUGACACCUAGGAAAUAUAGUGAAACAAAUCUUGUCAUAUUUUUUAUGACAAAUUAGUGGUUAUAUACACAUAAGUUAUAUGUGUUUAGGACUGCUUUAGGAGCAGUGUCAGUACAGAAUGAGAUUAGUAAAUGAAAAUGAAGUACAGUUCAAUCAUAAGACUGGAAGGGACCAUGAAAUGUCAAAUAGAGAAUUUCCCUCCUUUGUUGGUAGAAUCUCAACUAAAAGAUUAAGCAAAUGAAAAUUAACCUUGUUUUUAAGUCUCUAGGAAAAGAAUUUCCCAAAUAUCCCAAUUAACUAAAAAUUUUUCAUCAGUUUUUCAUCUAUCAACUAUGCCCUCUCUCAUGCCCUAAUUUCAUUCAUUUGGUCCCACCGCCCAAAAAAAAAAAAAGCUCAAAUCCUUGUGAGUUUCCAGAUAGUAACAAUUUAGGUUUGUGGGUGGAAGGAAAAUCCCAUUCUUUCCAGUUUCUUUGUCCUUCUACUUCUUUCUUUCUUUCUUUCUUUCUUUCUUUCUUUCUUUCUUUUUUACCUGCACAAUGAAAAAAAUUACAUUUGACUUUUAAACCCACAGAGCAUAUAGUUAAAAUAUGAAGAUUCAGGUUAUCUUAAUGUUUUGUUGUCCAAAAAUAGAGAUAGGGAGAGAGACUGAAUUUAUUGAUAUUGGGAACUCCAUGAUGAAGAAACCCUUUCUCACAGUGCAAGUUGCCACCUUUUUUGUAAAAGUCUUAGAGAGCUGCCUAGAAUGCACAAAGGGUAAUUUACGAUUUGCCCAAGCUCACAUGGCCACUAUGUGUCAGACUUGAUCCCAUGUUUUCCUUGUGCUGAGACUUUAUCUCUUAUAACACAUUGCUGCUCAUAUUUCAACAAUAUGUGUCAAAAAAGCCUACUUAGUUGGUUUUGUUUUUAGCUCUAAUCAAAUUUCAUUGGUCAGGUGACAUAAGCAGGUCUUUCUUAAAUGAUUUGUUAAUUCAGAUAAAAAAAACCCAACAACUCACUAUUUCAAAAGACCUAAUAAUUGACUAUUGACAUUCAAAUGCUGAAGUCUAUUUUAUGAACACUCACAUUCUUUCAUUAAAUAUCUUUAAAAUUGUUAACUAAUUCCAGGGCUCUAGAGACAAGCAAAAAGAAGUAUAAUGCCUAUAGUUUGUGGUAACAACAUGGACUUAAAUGUUGUUUAAUAUCUUUAUUCAGUAAAUAACUUGGCCUGAUAAAUGUUUCAUCCUGGUAUAUGAAAACUCUCAAGAAGUCCCCUUUUAAAAAUAACACUAAUAUUCGGGAAUAAGAAUAAUUAAUUUUAUAGGAUAACUUGCCAGCAUACUUUUUAAUGUAUGCAGCUAUGUUUCAAAAGACACGAUCUUAAUAACAAUGGGAUUAUAUUGUAUUUUGAAAAUUCUUACAUUGAAUCAGAAAUAAGAUGUAAAGAAAAGGUAAUAUCUUUUAAAAAAUUUAUAUGUAAAUGUGCAAAACAUGUUUUAAUUUCUUUGUCUAAAAUGCCAUGGACCACUAGACCAUAAUGACCUAUAAAACUUAGGUCUCAGAAGACAAACAUAUCCUUUUGCAGAUGGGAAGUAAAGAAAUUAUUGGUAUGUAAAAAUAUUCCUGGUGUGGGAUGGGGUGGGGGGGGUCUCAAAUGCACAUGCAUUAUUCAAUUAAGUACUCUUAAUAGUAAUUCUGCAUGCUUUUGUUAUAAGAAAAAAAAGAAAUAAUAUAUGUGAAAGCACUUUGGAAAAAAUGCGCUACAUAAGUGCAAGGUAUUAUUAUACCUGUUAAGAAGGAGAAUUCUUAAUAAUUUAGAAAUGACCAAACAUUUUUACAUUUGCAUAUUAAUAACUUUUUUAAAAGAGAGAUACAUUUUAAGUCUCAGUUUGAAAAAGAGUAUUAUGGUUCUCUAAAAUUAUUAAAAAUAAGAGCUUAUGAUACAGUAUUGAUUAUUUCUUUUGACAGGUUAGAAUUCUGCUAAUUUAGUAAUAAUAAUAGCUUCCAUUUAUAUAGCGCUUGAUUACAAAGCACUUUACAUACAUUAUAAGAGUGUUUUAAAAUACAAUUCUAAUUUAACUCAAAAUUAAUACCUUGUGAAAAUUUAUUGCUAGCAGAAUUUUGUAUGAUACAAAAAAUGCCUUUUCUGCCAAAAUAUUUUCUUGCCCAUUUUGCAGAUUACACAUUGGGUCAUCAUGGUAGAGAAUAUGUAAUUAUUUUGUAUGUUUUAUUGAGAAUACACAUGAAAAGUUUAAUAGUAAACAUUUGAGUGCCACUGUCAUGAAUAGUUAAUUAACUUUGUCCCUGUCCUAUAAUAGAGCUUUUUGUUAACUCCAGUAAGAUACACAAAGUAUGUGGACCUUGUGAUGUAAAAGAUUGUUUUCCUUUUGUGCAUUUAAGUCCUUAAUGUAAAUAGGGCUCUUAAUCAGGGUAACACUUUUUUUUUUUAUAAAGAUCAACUAUAUUUAAGUAAACAUUGAAAUAAUUAUAUAUUUUCUUUUAAAACCAGUAUAAAGACUAACAGUGUACUAUUUUUUUAAAGAAAGACAUUUGAAGGGUAAGUCUUGGUAAAUUUUUGUUUUCAAAGAUGUCCAGAUAACAAAAUGUAUUGUUGUGUGUUGAACAUUGCCUAUAUUUUUUGUACAUAUUAGAAACCUUUUCUGGGAAUGCUCAAGAAAUCUGAGAAUUAUAAUAACCAAAGUACAUUUUAAAGUUGGUUUGACAAUAAAGGAGCCAGUAACUUAAAAAAAAAAAAAAGAACACCUUAGGAAGUAUGGUGAGUUGUGAACAUUGCUGAUGUUGUAAAAAAUGCAGAUACACUAAGAGAAAUAAUUUUUAAAAGAGAUGUUCUUGCCCUAGUCAAAUUGUCCCUAGUAAAAUUAGUACUUUGUAAUGUUUCACUUCAUUUACCCAUAAUAAAAUUUCUCAGUGUAACAGUGA